GAUUGCUUCAGCUUGAGCAGACAGCAUGAACGCUCCGAACCGCAGCGACUCGUACCUGCUGCCCGAGGGCGCGCAGAAGGUGACGUAUGAGAAGGACACGAAGAUCUCCAACGCCGGCAAGUUCACCAUCCUGCGUGAGGACCACACUAUGGGCAACCUCAUCCGCAUGUACGGUACCAGAAGCAAUAUUUUAGUGACACUUAACUUUAACCUUGUUCUCUUGCCAACCACUUGUAGGCAGCUGCUGCGCGACCCGAACGUGACGUUCAGCGGCUACCGCCACCCGCAUCCGCUCAUCCAUGACAUUGUGGUGCGCGUACAGACCAACGACGCAUCGUCCCCCGUGGAGGCUCUGGCCAACUCCCUCGACGACCUCAGCACCGAGUUCGACGAGAUCGCACAAAAGUUCCGCCGUCUUACAGGCAACACCAAGGAUCACAGUUCCUUCAGUUAGGCCAGCUCUGCCUCUGUUGAUGCGUUUAAGGCUCAAGUCGACGGAGAAACACGAAUACUUUAACAAA